CUCGCGGGCAAGGAUUGGCUGUAGUUUACAGGCGCUGCGAGUGAUUGGACAGAGGGAAAGGGCGCUUCUUUCUGCUUCGGCAGUGAGAACCUAUUGGAAGCUUGUGUCAGUGAGCUGUGUUUUGGUCAAGUGGUGAUUGUUCCCUUCUUGUGCAGCUGAGUAGAUGAAUUGCAAGAAUGGCAACCAGGAAUGAGAUGCAGUUUGAAAAGUUAAUUGAUGAAGCUACAAAAAAAAAAGAUUUUCAAUUAUUAGAACAAUUUCUGGCAACAGAAGACUGUGAAAAUGCCUCUCACAAAUGCAGCAAGCAGUUUGUCAACAAAUUAGACAAGCUUCUGUGUCGGGAAAUUGACAAACAAGAAGUCAAAAGCAUUUCUGUUUUACUGAAUUCUCUUCAGAAAUGUGCAGACAAAAUCGUCAUAGCAGGAGAAGAUGGGCUCCCAGCAAUGAUAAAAUACGGUCUUAUUGGAAGGAUGGUGAAUUGGUUUGAAAAGAUAAAAGAAAUUUUGAUCCUCAGAGGAAAUGAAAAGAAUGAAAUGAUUACAAGCCUGGCUGAAGAUUUCUUCAGUGUGUUGCUGGCUGUAUGGGAUAGCAGACCUGAAGGUAAAAUGGAAAUACUGGAAAACUUUGCUCUGAGAACGUGCACCCUCAUCACUGAUGUGAGAAUUAGUGUCUAUGUCCAGCAAGAGGUAGUAAGAAAACUUAAUGUAAUGCUUGACAACAUACCUCGAGAUGCCAGGAAAAGGAUAUUUUCUACAAAGGAAAUGUUGUGUGCCAUGAGUGACAUGGGGAAGAGAAUUUUGGAUGCUGGAGACUAUGACCUGCAGGUAGCCAUUACAGAAGCUUUAUGCAGAAUGAUAUCAGAGAAACAAAGAGGAGAACUGGCAUACCAGUGGUUUUCCAUGGAGUUUGUGUCCAGUGCAUUUAAAGGAAUUAAAGAUUCUGAGUUUGAAACAGAUUGCAGAAAAUUUCUUAACCAGGUGAAUGGCAUGCUGGGAGACAAAAGGAGGGUUUUUACAUAUCCAUGUUUAUCAGCAGCUCUUGAUGAAUAUGAGCUACAGAUACCGUUGGAUGAAAAUCUUGAAGAAUUUUGGAUUGAUUUCAACGUUGGUAGCAGAAGUAUAUCUUUCUAUGUGGCAGCAGAUGAUGCAGAUUAUCACUGGGAAACAGUCAUUAUACCAGAAGAAGAGGUAGACCAGUACAGCCUAGAAGAAAAGGAUUCAAAGAAAUUAUUAACAAUAGCUCUGAAAAGGCCAGUGCACGUUGGAAAUCAAGAAGGAGAGAAAUUCUUCUUAUAUUUUGAUUCUAUCUUGGAAAUCAGAGAUGUAACCAGAAAGAUUUAUGGUCUUAAUAAAUGUAAGGAUUUUAGUAAGAAGCGGUCUGCAUCAGUUGCCAGAACAAGCGUACAUGUCGUCUUUGAUGAAAGCGGAUCACAGGUUCUGGUACCAGAAAGUCAGUUGUCACCAGAAAAAUCUGAAGAGGAGGACAAACUCAGUAAGUACAAAACCCAUCAACUUCCUGGAUCUUUGAGGACUCUGAAUAAAAGUACCAGUCAGGAAAACUGCAGAGGUGGUUCCUCCAAGAUAACUACGUCUUGUAAAAGGAAAGUGUCUGAAGCAUCUGUGAUUAUUCCUGGAAAAUUUUCCACAAGAAGUCCACUGGUAUUUCUUAGCACAUCCACUCCUUGCAAAGGACGAUUUAAAUUACCUUUGGAAAUGAUGAGCUCUGCUGAAAGGUCUAACAGUACAGUAAAUGAGACCAGAACAAAGAACUUCUAUCAAGAACCUACUGGACAAACGUGUGCUAAAGAAGUUUUAGAAAUGGUGCAAGAGGCAAAAGUUGGGGCCACACAAAAGCAAACCUUAGAUGAAGUGUUAGAUAUUGUUCCUGAUUCUCAGCCAGUAGGGAGAAGCAACAAACCUUUGCUUCCUUGUGUUUUAGAGAGUUCUUUUGAUAAAAGCAAAACAUGGAAAAAAAGAGCAUGCUCUGUUCCUGAGAAGAAUAUAACAAUGGGUGGCAAGCAGAAGCUGAAUCAAUCAUUGGAACCUAGAGUGUCUGAAACAUCUUUGCAUUCUGGUUUUACAAAGGAGGAAUCUGAUGUUCCCUUUAGAAAAGAGACUGCAAAUCCAAAAGCAUCAAACACGAAAACAAAGUCUAAAGAAAUGACAGAUGCUGCAAAAUCACUAAUUAGUAAAAUCAGUGACCGAUAUAAAGUAAAGACAGAUGAGAAAAGCAAAGCAAGAGACUCCUUGGGUUGUAACAGGCCACAUUUAAAUAAAUCCUGUAUCUUUAAGGAUGAAGUUCAGGAUAGAAAGCUGAAAAACUCUGCUUUUCUUAAUAUAACAGCUGGUCCUAUUGUGGAUGAUGUCUACAACUUUAACAUCAGUGGGUUUGAUGAGCCUACAAUAAAGCUUGGAAUGAAAGAAUUGCAUGUUACUGAAGUGAGCGCUCAUACAGAUUCAAACAAAAAAGGGAAUGCAGAUGAUGGUAAGACUAGCACUGAAGUGAAACAAAGAAAACAAAUUACAAACAAUAAAAACAAGAAGCAUCUCUUCAGUGACACAGACGCAGAAACCGGAGGUGAUGACUGCAAGACAGACAUUAGUUGGCUACGAGAAUCAAAUAGAAAACCUAAAGCCCAGUUAAUUGAUUACAGCAGAAAUAAGCACUUAGGGAAACCCAUAAACACAGACAAAACAGAGAAAUUGCCUGAACCUGUUUGCCACGUGGAUAAACCUAAGGGCAAAAAUGCAAAUAAGAAAAAGAUGAGUAGAUGUAAAAAACAGAAUUCAAGAACUGAUGAACCAAUAAAACAAAUGACCAGACAAAAAUGGCCUCGAAGAGCAGCAUUAGCAAAAAACUACAAAGAGCCUUCCAGUUCAGAGUCAGAGAGUGAAAGGGAGUCUUCAGCAUGCAUCUCUAGGGCACAGAAAUCAAAAAUACAGAAACGUAUGCAUGGAGAAAACGGGGAUGAUAAUCAGCAAAAGGAACUCCAGAAUAUUUCACCUAUGGAGCCAAAGAGAGUAGCAAACUAUGUACCCAAAGCAUUUACUGAAUCAAAGAACUUUGCAGAAGAAAAGAAAAUUGAAAUUCCCUCACUUGAGAGUCCUGCGUCUCUUGAGAUCAUGACAUGUACUGAAAGAAUAUCGGGAGAUGUUACUCAAGAACAUACUGGCAGUGAAGGAUCACUUGGUCUUCAGGAGUCAACACCAGAAAAAGCAGAAAUGUUGAACUUUGAGAAAGGAAUCUCUCCCAGUGAUUUUCAUCCCCAGAAAAAGAACUUUCAAAGUCUGUGUCUAAAUCAGUCCCCUGAGUUGCCUGCUAAAAAGUUAACAUUUGGAAAUAUAAGUUUCUCACCAGCUUUAAGUGAAGCAUCUUUGCACAGCUUACCAACAUACAAAGCUGUCAAUGGAAAACUUGCAAAGGGAUCUGCAUGCAAAACACAUGAUAAUAAUGAAGAUUCAAGUUUCAGACAUUGCUUUUUGGACACAUGUUCUAUUAAAGGAAAACUACGUGAUACGACUAAACCUACCACCAAAAGUAGAGAGGAGGAUUGUGUAGCACCAACUCCAUCAUCUGCUUCCAGUGGAAGUAAAGUGCAGUCUUGGAGUGAAGAACCUUAUGCCCCCAUGCAUGAGUCAGGACCAACUAUACAGCCAUUUCUCAAACGAAGGUACCACAGUGAUGCAGAAAGCAAUUCUGAUGAAGCAGAAACAAGCAAAGAGAAGGAAAAGAAAGGAAAGAGAAGAACAAAGUUACAGCCUAGAGAAAUAUUUAAAACAGAGAGUGCUGCUACUUACAGAGUGUCUGAAAGCAUAUCUCCUGUAUCUGCAAAUGAUCUGUCUGGUUUGGAUGGGGAAAUCUGGGAGCCUGGUUGUUCAACUAUCAGUAUCUGUCAGAAGCUCCAAAAAGAAUUUACUAAGAAAUUUGAGAGCCGCUCCAGGAAAAUGGAUAAUUUUACUAAACAGUCGCUACGAGCUGCCCAUGAACAUUUGUCAGCCAUGAGUUUCCAGCUUCGUGAAUGCAGGAGCAGGCAGCUGGAGGAAUUCCGUUCUUCUCUCCUUGAGCAACUUGAGAAUUUUGAAAAUGAUUCUCAGUCCCUGAAAAACAUGGAAAAAGAAUUCUUGACCUUUUGGAAAAAACACACACAUACUUUCAGUACAUACAUGAAAAAUGAGCAGCAGAGAAUUCAGAUUCUUAAAAGUUCAUUUGAAAAGAACGUCUGCCAUACUGGUGACUAUGAAGAACAUGUUUUUACUUCAGAGAUGCAUCUGAUGAAAGAAGAAUUAAAAGGAUUGCAAGAGAAGCUUCUGAAAGAAAUGCAAGAAGAGGAGCUGUGUAAUGUUCGCAGAGGAUUGCAGACAUUGUUUCAAUCAGAAGACAGAAUUCUGCAGUAAUAUUAUCAGAUACCUUCCUGAAAUUCAAGGUGAAUAUAAAUGCUCUUUUACAAUGUAAAAUUUGAC